GCCUAGACUCCUUCAUCAGCGAGGGAGCCUUUACAGUAUUAGUCAUAACACGCAUUUCACAGAGCGUGCAGGAUCUUACAUUUUGACUACCUAAGAAGCACUAUUUUCCCGUCUUAUUUAUUUAGACGAAAAUUUCCCAUCUAUUAGCUCGACAGGAUUGAGAUGUUACAGUUUAGGUUGUCGAUAGUUCUGAAGGAGUUGUUUCAAUCCAACCUCAAGCGUCCUUUGACAGGUAUUGUAAGGAACAAAGCGUCACCAGCAACCAUCUGCUUUAGCACCGCCUGCCCCAAUGUCACAGCGCUGCCAAGACUGAACCCCCUCGCCGGUGGGUCCCGACCUGUGUGGCGUUCCUCAUAUGGGAUCCGAUCAUUUUGCACGGAGAGCGAAGGUGCUGUAGCAGCAUCCGAGGCGGCCAAGGAUGGUGGAACCGGUAACGUUAAAGAGGCGGAAGCUGAAAAGAGAAGGAAGGCGGGGAUCUUGCCCAGCUUGGAGGACCUGCUAUUCUACACCAUCGCCGAAGGACAGGAGAAAAUCCCCGCCCACAAAUUCACCACGGCCCUGAAAGCCACCGGACUGCGGACGGGGGACCCCCGGCUGAAGGAGUGCAUGGACAUGCUGAAGGUCACCCUCAAAUCCACCUCCGACGGAGUGAUGCUCGACCGACACCUCUUCAAAAAGUGUGUCCAGAGCAACAUCGUGCUGCUGACCCAAGCGUUCCGCAAGAAGUUCGUCAUCCCCGACUUCCAGACCUUCUGCUCCCACAUCGACGAGCUGCACGACAGCGCCAAAAGGCUGUCCGGAGGGCAGGUUGCAGACUACAUCCCCCAGCUUGCCAAAUUCAGCCCUGACCUGUGGGCGGUGUCUCUGUGCACGGUGGACGGACAGAGGCACACCGUUGGCGACACCAAAGUCCCGUUCUGCCUGCAGUCGUGCGUGAAGCCACUGAAGUACGCCAUCGCCGUGCACGACCACGGCACCGACUAUGUGCACAAGUUCAUCGGGAAGGAGCCCAGCGGCCUGCGCUUCAACAAGCUCUUCCUGGACGAGGACGAUAAGCCUCACAAUCCCAUGGUGAACGCCGGUGCGAUCGUGUGCACCUCCCUCAUAAAGCAAGGGGCGAGUAAUGCGGAGAAAUUUGACUAUGUCAUGAACUUCCUAAAUAAAAUGGCAGGAAAUGAAUAUGUGGGUUUCAGCAAUGCUACAUUCCAGUCUGAGCGGGAGUCUGGCGACAGGAACUUCGCCAUCGGCUACUACCUGAAAGAGAAGAAGUGUUUCCCCGAGGGCACGGACAUGACCUCCAUUCUAGACUUCUACUUCCAGCUCUGCUCCAUCGAGGUGACGUGCGAGAGCGCCAGUGUCAUGGCGGCCACCCUGGCCAACGGCGGCUUCUGUCCAAUCACGGGCGAGCGCGUGCUGAGCCCGGAGGCGGUGAGGGACACGCUCAGCCUCAUGCACUCCUGUGGCAUGUACGACUUCUCCGGACAGUUCGCCUUCCAUGUGGGUCUGCCGGCAAAGUCGGGCGUGGCCGGGGGCAUCCUGCUGGUGGUGCCCAAUGUGAUGGGCAUCAUGUGCUGGUCCCCUCCACUGGACAAGCUGGGGAACAGCGUGAGAGGCAUCCAGUUCUGCACGGACCUGGUGUCGCUGUUCAACUUCCACAACUACGACAACCUGAGGCACUUUGCCAAGAAGCUGGACCCACGCAGGGAGGGAGGAGACCAGCGGGUGAAGUCCGUGAUCAACCUCCUGUUUGCUGCCUAUACAGGAGACGUGUCUGCGCUGCGCAGGUUUGCACUGUCCUCUAUGGACAUGGAGCAGAGGGACUACGACUCCAGGACCGCGCUCCACGUGGCUGCAGCGGAAGGACAUUCCGAAGUGGUGCGCUUCCUUCUGGAGGCCUGCAAGGUCAACCCCGUGCCCAGAGACAGGUGGGGCAACACCCCGAUGGACGAGGCCGUGCAUUUCGGGCACCACGACGUGGUGCUGAUCCUCAAGGACUACCACGACAAGUACAGCCCCCCGGAGACCACCGACGACAAGGAGACGGCGGAGAAGAACCUGGACGGCUUGCUGUAGGCCCCCUGCCAGGGGGCGGGGCCAGGCAGGGCAGGGGGCGGGGCGCAGCACUCCUGUAAACCAAUCGUAACUCUGUGUGUGACCGGUGGGAGUCUUGUGGGAGUGCCGUCGACUUCGUUCAUUAUGGUAGUGCUGUAAACGAGUGUUUGUCCUUUUUUCCAGCCGUUUUCACGUGCGAAACUCUGCGGCAGCGAAACCGUUCCCCCACGCCCCCUCGAGCCCCCACGAUUCCCGCCUCUCUGUCCGGCUACCUGCAGUUUGUGUCAUUUAAACUGCUUCAGGCUCAGUGUUUUUGUUAAUGCGUAACCGUGUAUAAAAUGACUAUAUGAAAAACACAUGUAUUUACAUUAUAUAAUCACGUAAUGUUGGAGUCUUAUAUCUUAUGUAAUAUGAUAUGUAAUAUCACAGAACUGUAAGCUUUCGGUGUAAAUACUGUUGUGUUUGUAGUGCAGCAAUAUGAAUGGUUGGAGUGCAGUAACUGAACAUUAUUUUCUUUGUUUUUGAAGAGAUAGUUCACUUUCUGGGGUUUCUGAUAUCAUUUCAGUUUUAAUAUAUGAUUUUAAUGGGCCAGGCUGUUUUUUUAUGCGAUGAAGUACAUUAUAGAUAUUUAGAGACAUUUCUGACAGUCUGCAGGCUUUACGGUGGGAGGAAUUCUGGGAUUUGUGGUCUAAAGCAAGAAAAUGUACUACAGGAAACUCAAAAGGAACUUGCACAGUGGAGUUAUGUUCCCACAGACUGUAAAUAUGAACUGAAUAACUCUACAGCCUUUAUUCACGAUUAUAAACACAAAUAUCAGUUCCCAUCACGCCUUGAGCACAGAGGUCUCUGGCUGCAUGUUCCAUUGAAAUAGCUAUAUACAAAAAUCAUAUUUUGCUUAACGUUUUGAAGAACAAUCUGGCAAUAUACAUAUGUAUACAACCUCUGGAGGGAUAACGUCAUUGUAUAAGCUGUUUUGGAGCUAUGUGAACAGUAUUUUCUUGCUUUAGACCACCAACCCCUAAAUGCACUGUACCUGCCAAAAAAAACCCACUGGCUUUUCAGAAUCCUCUCCAAAUAUCUGAAAUAUCAUUCAGCAAAUACAGGGGCUGUCUUGGCCAAUUGAGCUCAUACACUACGACUGAAAUAAUAAUUCAUAUUAAAAAACCCAGAAAGUGAACUAUCCCUUUAAACACUGUCCCACAGAGGGUGUUAAAAUGCUUUGAGAUGCUUUGUGAUUGUUGAGUUUAUGGGUGAUUUCUUUAUCCUUUUCCCUCAUCAUCUUUAUUCCAAAGUGACAUUUGCACAAUUCAUGACAAAAGGUGACAUACAAAGCUUUACCACUAUAUAUUUUUUUGUUUGUUUGUUUGUUUUUUUGUUUGGCUCUAUCACGUAUGGUGAGGAAAGUAUGACGCUUUUUAGCCAAAGAAUCAAGUGUGUAUGGUCACCUCAUCGUUCAAAUGGAGGGAGCUGAAGAUCAAUCCCCAAAAUGCAUCUCUACAGGGUAUUCUCCAUCCGCUAUAACAGUGCGCUAAAGUUCACAGCCUGUUAAGAGCUAGACUGCGUUUAGAGAACACUUCUUUUCUGCGGCCUGUGAACUUGAACGUGCUCUGCAGACUGGAGGUCGCUAGCUCAAGCCCGUGCUACGUCGUCGGUUGGACAGGAGUGGCCAUCGGUAGUCGAGAGUGGGAGGGGCUAAAGUGAUCUGUCAGUCUCUGACCUUGAAUGAACCAAGCAAAAAAUUUUUGCUUUCAACACCCAAUCAAAAUGAUCGUUUUAAAAUCAGAGAAUGUUAGAACUAAAACCCAAUUUUUGGUUCUUCCUUGCUGUUCUUUAUGGGUGGAGAGAUUCCAGACAUAGGAAAAAGAGGUGGGGGGGGAUGAAUCAUAAUUAUUUUAAUUUGUCCAUUAAAUUAGUUUAAGAUAUACUGAAGUCCUGAGACUCUGGAACACAGGCAGAGGCGGAACAGAGAUGUUGGACCAGAAUAAUGACGGCAGGAUCUUCUUAAUGACAGCAGGAUCUCCUUUUUGUACGGAGAAAAGCACAUUGUUAUAUUGUACAGGCCGAAGUGAAACGUGCGCAUACUUGAAUUGUCUCUCCGCAAAUCCAACCUUUUAGAAAGUGUUUGUGUGUGUUGUGUGUGUGCCUUUGUUUUUGAGCACGUGAGACGGAUUUUAGUCGUAAUUCAUUCAAAUUUAAAAAGUAAAACGCUGCAAACGCUGGAGGUCCUGGAUUUAGCCUAACACUUGUCCGUAACUUUGAGUCACAAUGAAAAUGUUCUUCACAGUUUUGUGAGAUUACCACUCAUUUAGAGAAAAGUAUGAGUAAUAUUUGUACUGAAAAACAUUUCAAUUUAAUUGCAAGUUGAAUCUGAAUACAAGUGUUCAGUGAAUUCAGGCUGAAUUCAAAUCAUUGAACCUCAAGCAGAACUAUCAAUGCAAUCUUCCUUUCUGUUCAGCUCAAACUAAUUUUCAGAAUUUCAGUAAUGGCCAUCUGGAUAUUAUUAUCCAUCUAUCUGCAAAAUCCGUGUUCAGUAGGUGUUUACGUUCUUCUCCAUUCUGUGUUGGCUUUGAUCUGGAUCGGUCUCAAACUGACUGGGACAGUUGUGAAUGUAUUAUUCAUUUUAUUCUUCUUCGUUUAGCAUAUGAUGCUCCAGGUCUGGCCCUGGUGGUGCGCUGUGUAUACUGGCUUUACUUAGGCUUGAAGAGCAGUCUCCAGCUUCAGCUACCUGGCUCAUAAACCUGCCAAAUUUCACAUAAUGAUGUGAGACAAGACCACCAAAAUUCUGGGGAUGCGCUUUACUAACAAACCAUUGGUCGAUUAUUUCUGAUGUCAUGUAAGUGGGGCUCCAAUUGGAGGUGGCAAAUUUGAGUCAACUCAGUCACACAGGACUGUUAAGAUAACACUGGCUAAAACUUGCUGCAACAAGUACUGUAAAUUGCAAAUCAUCACACAUUUCAAUGUACAAAUUUAACUCUUUUCAAAAUUGCAACUUCACUGUUCAGUUGCUCUAGGGCAAAUCUCUAGCCUCUCUGCCAUUGCUAUCUAAGCGCUGAUGAGAGUCCCAUGUUUUGAAAAGGUGGAAAGAGAAAUCAACCAUUUCCAUGACGAUUCAAAUGGCAACGAGCAAAACCGAGAUUCCACUACAAGACCAGCGUGAGCUCAGAAGCACGCAAAUCCGUGCGGCACACCUGUGGGGACUGGUUGGAGACUGGUUGGCCAGCAUACACAGGAGAGCAGCAGGGCCGAGACUGGGGGCACCUGUUUUAGUGUACACCUUUCAGUUUACCUUGCAGCUUGUCCCAGUAUGCAUUGUGGCGGGCGAUGGAAAUGUAUUUAUUUUAAUGACCAAAAUAAAGAAAGGUUUCAGAGGCACAAACAAAUGAAUUUAUUUGCAUUGCAUACGUAGUGAUAUUCACACAUCUGAAUGUGGAGCAGCGCCCCCUAGGCGCCUGGGUCCGUUACUGCUCUUGCUACAGUACGUCAUGAUAAGUUAAAAAUAACGUUUGACAAUGUGGAUUUUUCAGAGGAAAAAAAAA